AACAGGUUUCCAUGUUCAAUCGUGUGGCAACCUUUCCCUCCGCUCACUUGGAUUAUCCCGAUGAUAGGACAUACAGGCAUAUGUGAUUCCCAUGGAAUUGUACAUGAUUUUCAGGGUCCUUAUUAUGUUGAAGAAGGAAGAAUGAUGCUUGGCAAGGCAACUAGGUACCUCCCACUCGAUCCAAACAAAGUGAGAUCAUCUGUGGAAGGCAAUACGGCAGAAGAGCGAUGGGACAAGUGUGUUGAUAUGGGGGCGGAUGACUUUCGAAAAAAGAUACAUUGCUUGAUCUACCCAAACUGCAAUCAUCACGUGGCGCAUACUCUUAAUCUCAUGAAAUACGAUGGCUGGAAUAAUUAUGAAAUGCUCCAGCUUUGGUACAUCAUUUUCUUUCGGGCAAGGUCUUUUCUUGCCUGA